CAGCAAUUUCAUGAGUGAACUGGCCAUAAAAGCUGAAGGCAGGUGUCUAGAGGAAGAUGAAGACAAACCAGGAGAGAGAGAGGAGAAAAAGCUUAAGAAAAAGAAGAGGAAAUCGAAGGGGGAAGACCAAAUAUCCGAAAUGAAAACUGAAGGUGAAGUAUCAAAGAAGGAAUCAAAACAUAAUUUAAAGGAAGAUAAAGCUGAAGAAAGAGAUGAUGGAAUGAAAAAGAAAAAGAAGAAGAAAUCAAAAGAGGACGAGGAAAUCUCCAAAACAAAAGGUGAAGGAGAAGGGUUGAAAUGCAAUUUAGAGGAAGGCAAAGAGGAAGAAAUAGAAAAGAGAAAAUACAAGGAAAAGAAGAGGAAAUCAAAAGAGAAGGAAAAAGUCUGUAAAAUAAAAGGUGAAAGUGAAGUCUCGGAUGAGGAGUCAAAAGACCAUGUAACUGAGAAAGAGAAAGGUAAAGAAAGGAAAGAGAGAAAAAACAAGGAAAAGAAAAAGAAAUCUAACGGGGAGGAGAAAGUCUCCAAAGCAAGAGCUGAAAGCAAGGUCUUAAAUGCAGUGUUGAUAGGUAACUCAGAGGAAGAUAAAGGCGAAGAAAGAGAAGAGAGAAGACACAAGGAAAAGAAGAAAAAAUUAAAAGGAGAAGGGAAUAGCUCAGAAAUUAAAGCUGAAAGCAAAGUCUUAGAUUCAGUGUCAAAACACAUUAAAGAAGAUGAUGAAACUGAUGAAAAGGAAGAGGGAAACCAUGAGAGAAAGAAAAAGAUAUCAAAAGGAGAAGAAGAAAUCUCAGAAACAAAAGUUGAUUGCAAAAUCUCAGUUGAAGAGUCAAAACACCUUUUAGACAGGGGUGAUAAAGCUGAAGAAAUGGAAGAAGGAAAAAACAAGAAAAAGAAGAAGUUGAAAUCAAAAGGGAAAGAGGGAAUUUCCGAGUCAAAAUUUGCAAGCGAAGGCUCAAAAGGCAACGUAGAGGAGGAUAAUACUGAAGAAAGAAAAAAACCCAAGCGAAAAAAGGAGAAAUUAGUGGCAGUAGAAAUGGAUCUCGAAAAGGAAGAAUCAAAACUAGAUACCAAUGAUGUGGAUGGAUCAAAGGCGCUGUUAUUGCACUCACUAAUCCCACCGAAUACAAAAGACAUAAAUGUGCAGAAUAGGACUCCAGAUAAUUCUGGGAUUCCCAAAACCAAAAAACGUAAGCACAUGUCAGCUCUUGAGCAAGAAAAAGCUGACAAGGAGAGAGAACGUGCCAUCAUGGCCUACAGGAUGAUACGGAAACAACAUCUUCAAGAAAAGGAAGAAAUCUUGUGA